AUGCGUGCAAGCUUCUUCCUCCUGGGCUGCUUGGCAGCCAGCUCUGUGGCAGCACCGACGCUCCUAGACGAUGUAUACGACUACUCGGAGGAUCUGGCCACCUUCCUCGGAAAGGUGAGCACGUACAUCGAGGAUGCUGAGGAUCUCUUCACGAACUCCAACUCGUGCGACACAUCCAAGAUCUCCCUGCCAUCCUACGCGUCGGGCUUGCCUUCACCUUCCGGCGAGAAACCGAUUUAUGUUGCAGUGGGCCGCGGCACCCAGAAUUAUACCUGUGCGACCUCCACCUCAGGCUCAACCCCCCAAGCCAUAGGUGCCGUGGCGCGUCUUUACAAUGCUACCUGCAUCGCGGCCAAUUAUCCGGACUUGUUGGAAUUACUCCCGGGGAUCGUGUACAAGGAACAGUUGCCCAGUAACGAGGAGGAACCUCUUCCCCCGGCGAACCUGGAGCUCCUGGGUCAUCAUUUCUUCAGAGACACGACAACCCCGGUUUUCAACCUCGACACAACAGAUUCCCGGCAGUAUGGGAUUGCGAUCACCAAGAAACAGUCGUCGCUAGAUGCCCCAUCCACUGCCAUUCAGGGUAGCAAUGGCGCUGUGCAGUGGCUCUACCUCACCACCAUCAAUGGUACUGUUGGCGACUAUGAGGCGGUCUACCGGGUAGACACCGUUGCUGGCUCGGCCCCGAAGACCUGUCAGGGCAUGCAGUCGGUGUUCACCGUUCAGUAUGCUGCCAACUACUAUUUCUAUGGUGCAUGA